GAGGGUGACCGCGAAUUUGACAUUCUAAAGUCAAUAUCAUCGAGUCGUGUGGACUUUCCCUUCCGUGUUGUACUCGGAGGAUCGUCACCCAAUUGCAGACCAGGCGGUCCAUUGUUGGAUAAACAGGACUGUCGAUUCCAAGAAGAUACGCGUCGAUACGCGUGCGGCUGCCGACAGCCGCACUCUCGAUUGAUUCAAGAACAAUAAGGAUGAAUAUCAGUGGAAUAAUCUUGAUAAUCUUAAGGAUGCAGCAUCGGAUGUCACUUCCAAACUUGCAUGUAGCAGUGUUCAUCUGCCUCCUCUUUAUCGGCCACAUCUCUGCUCCAACAAUAACGAUGACGACAACAGCUCCAACGCCGAACUCGACGCUUGAUUCAAACAUGUCAAAUGGUACAAGUUCAGGUAACCCCCGAACAACAGAUAUCUCAACAACCCUCUCAGAUGCCACCAAUUCAACAAUACUCGGUACGGCAACAGCUUCCGGUACAACAGCAGUUGGUACAUCAACAGCCUCAAAUACAACAACAGUUGGUACAUCAACAGCCUCAAGUACAACAACAGUUGGUACAUCAACAGCCUCAAGUUCAACAACAGUUGGUACAUCAACAGCCUCAAGUACAACAACAGUUGGUACAUCAACAGCCUCAAGUUCAACAACAGUUGGUACAUCAACAGCCUCAAGUUCAACAACAGUUGGUACAUCAACAGCCUCAAAUACAACAACAGUUGGUACAUCAACAGCCUCAAGUACGACAACAGUUGGUACAUCAGCAGCCUCAAGUACAACAACAGUUGGUACAUCAACAGCCUCAAGUACGACAACAGUUGGUACAUCAACAGCCUCAAGUACAACAACAGUUGGUACAUCAACAGCCUCAAGUACAACAACAGUUGGUACAUCAGCAGCCUCAAGUACAACAACAGUUGGUACAUCAACAGCCUCAAGUACGACAACAGUUGGUACAUCAACAGCCUCAAGUACAACAACAGUUGGUACAUCAGCAGUCUUAAGUACAACAACAGUUCCAACUUCAACUACUUCCACCACAAAGACCAAUCUUACUCACGAUGCCUAUUUCAUGAAACCAGUCUAUAAAUAUGUGGCCAUAGGGUUUGGCGGGUUCAUGGCUGUGACUGGGCUGUUGCUUUUAUUGAUCCUGGUUUACCAGCAGGUUCAUAACAGGAAGUAACUGCCACACUACUACCCUUAGACAUCUACAGGGUGUAUCAGACCCUAGACUUUUUUUCCUAGAUCCUUUAACACGCAAACGCUGUACAGGAUGUAAGCUUUACAGGUUCCAGAUCUUAAACACACUGUAUAAUGUCCCAAAUCUUAAACACACUGUAUAAUGUCCCAGAUCUUAAACACACUGUAUAAUGUCCCAGAUCUUAAACACACUGUAUAACGUCCCAGAUCUUAAACACACUGUAUAACGUCCCAGAUCUUAAACACACUGUAUAAUGUCCCAGAUCUUAAACACACUGUAUAAUGUCCCAGAUCUAAACACACUGUAUAAUGUCCCAGAUCUAAACAGCAGUGCGUAUACUACGUUCAUGUAGAUCCGGUUCUCAUCGAUUGACUCGUUCACAGCCGUUGUCUAACUUCUAAUAACUGCUGAAAGUCAUCUUAUUUCUAAUAGCUUUUAAUAAUUUGUGCCAUUUACAGCGGCAGGGAAAGAUGACGUCAUGUAGAUGGCAGCACCAGCUAGACUGAAAGGUUUACAGAAUUAAUUUUCUUUUAUUGGAAAAAAAAUUAUUGGAAAAAUAUCUUCGUUUGUUUACACGAUUCCAUCUGGAUGAAAAAUUAAAAGCGUGUCGACUUGAAUUUGUAUCGUGAAGGUAGCACCUUUAAACAAGAGCUUUGAUGAGUUGUGUCUGGGGUACCUGGUUUCAUUGUUCAAGAACAAGUGAGGAGAAUACGACUGAUGGAAGCCGCCGGGCUGUGAACAUGACGAGUGAAAAGGUGUGCCGCUAACUAUAUACAUUGUAUACUCUUAUUUCACCGACCUAAGACAGGUUGAUUCAUUAUUGCGAAAUCGAAGCGAAGGCCAAAACCGGUGAUGAAGAAAAUGUCCCCGUGGAAAAAGUGUA